CUUCAAGCAUCCCACCUCGGUGACGCUUUGUGCUUCUUCAUAUCUAUUAGUUGCCAUUUCCUCCUGAUAUCACCUCCAUGAAUUUAUCUUUUUCCCAGCCGUAAUUCCAGAUAACGUCAAUCGCGCAUUCUCAUCCACUCCAAAAUGGCUCUUCCCGAAGUCCCUAAUUGGCUCCUCGUCGUCUUGCUCAUCCUAACCCUCUUUCCAUUCCUGCCCCAACUCUAUCGCAUCUUCUCGCGAAAGGACAGCUCCGGUAUCUCAGCCUACUACGUGUUCUUCAACCUCAUCAGCGCCACGGAGCAAUUCACCAUCGCCUUCUUCCUCAACAUGAACACUCACAAGCGCUGUGACUUCUUCGUCCACGAUCCAGCUACUGCAGGCGACUGGAUCAAUCUUGCGCAGUUGGGCCUGGUGUGGAUUCUUUGGCUGAUGCUAUUCAUCGUGUACUUAUAUUUCCCCUCCGACUGCCGCUCCGGCUCAAAGCCGUUCAUCGUAGUCGCGUAUGCCGUCUUCUCGCUCGUAUCCAUCGUCCCGAUCUUCUACGACUACCUCGCACCGCCCACGGACGAUAGCUGCGGUGAUUGGGGACCCGAAUUCUGCCGCAACAUGAUCGAAGGAAUGUUCUACUACCUGCACUUAGUCAUCAUAAACAAGGGUAUUCCGGUGUUGUUAAUCGUGGCACUGUUUCUUCAAGCGCGGCAGAUGCUUUUAAGGCCAGAGGCCCGAGCAUUGAGUCGGAUUGGUCUGGCUGCCCAGGCUGUGGUUUUUGCAAUCGUGGCUGUUUCGUGGACGAUGAGGGUCAAGGUCCCAAAUGAUUCGACGGGGAAAAGGUCGUGGUAUGACGAGAUUGGCUGGGUUGUUGUUGAUAAUGUAAUUUUUGCGGUUGCUCAGGGGUUGCUGCUGUGCAUUUCGUGGCGUCGUACGGCUACGAGGAUUAGCAAGGUAGAGGAGGGAGAGAGAGAGCCUCUAGUGCGUGGAUAGGCUAGAGAUUCAGAAGCCUGGUAACUGAUGACAUAGCGGUGCAGAAAGAAAGAAGAUUCGAAUACACCCUCUUGCAUCG